CCGUAGUGCGGUGGGUUGCCCACUGCCCAGCCCUAAAAUCAAGGGAUCAUUUUGUUAGAAAACAAGAAGUAUGAUUACUGAUUUCUUAUAUUUUAAAGUUUGGUUGAUAUUUUGCCAAGUUCACCAAAUUCUAAUGACCAUUUGGAUCUUUGACACCGUCUAAUUUUACUGAAUUCUUAUUUGUAGCCUUAAGUUUAUGAAUUUAUAGCCCUAAACUUACAUAUAUGGACGAUUUUACCCCUCAUUUAACCUAAACCCUAAAUGCACCCACCCAAUCCUUCCCUGCCGUUCCCUUACCCUGUUCUCCCCCAAAUCAACAAAACACAAUCUCAACCACCAAGACCCGCCGCCGCCCUAAACUAUCGCCAUCUACCACCAAGACCCGCCGUCAACCAGAGUCGUCGCCCAGAGCUCCGCCGCCGCCCUAAACUAUCGCCGUCAACCAAACUCACCUCCGCAUGUGACUGUCGCCGAGGAGAAGCCUCCAACCCGCUGCCGCCACCAAGACCCGCUGCCGCAACCCUUCUCUUUUCAACCCGCUGCCGCCACCGCAGACCCGCUGCCGCAACGCUGCUCAGACCCGCCGGAGGUAAAUCUCUCUCUCCCUCCCUUCUCUUUUGGUUGAGUUGCGCCGACUAUACGGGUUGAAAACCGUCGCCAGUGGCUAGAGGCAGGUAGGGCGAUCGAUUUGGCCGGGGGUAGACGCAGGCAGGGCGCCUGCGCGGAUCCGGCGGAGCCAGGUAGCCCACCUGCCCCGACCCUGGUCCGAUCCGGUCUCCGACCCGCCCUGACCCUGGUCCGACCCGUUUCCCGACCCGCCCAAACCCUGAUCCGACCCGUUUUCUGACCCGCCCGACCCGUUUUGAUUUUUUUCAAUUAAAAUGCAAAUGUUAAUGAUUAGAAUGUUCAUUUUAAUUAAUAAUAUAUAAAUUUGAAUGGUAAAUUAUAAUCAAUAUAUGACAUUUUAUAAUGGGAAGGAAGAAAAGAAUCUGUUUGUUGCGUUGUUGUGUGAUGAGAGGAUGUUAAUUAACAUUUGACAAUAUAAGUAAUGUUUGAAUUGAAAAAGUUGUUGAUUGUUAAUAAUGAUUAUAAAUAGUUAAUGAAUAUAGGAUUGUUAAUUGUAAUACUAAGAAGAAUUAAUUUUAUUUUCUUGAUAGUUGGUAAAAUAAGCGAAAGAAAGGGUAAGAAUUAGUACGAGGGUUUGUGAUGAUUAAUAUAAUUAGUAUUUGACAAUAUAAUUUGUAUUGGAAUUCAUUUUAUGGUUGUAAAUAAUUAUUAUGUAUAGUUAAAAGAUGUAUGGUUGUCAAUUACAAUUCUGAAAAUAAAUAAUUUUAUUUUCUUAAUAGCAGGCAACAAUGAGCGAAAGAAGGGGCAAGGAAAAAUCGAGGGUUCUCGGACGCAACGUUACAGUAUCUGAGCGGAAAAAACGUCAGGAGGAGUCAGAUAGACUUCGUGAGGAGGAGCGUCAGCUUUCGCGUCGUCAAGCUGCAGUGGAUCCUCCCCCCUCAUAGCCAUGUUUCCCAGCCGAUACCAGGCAUCACAUUUGGAUGUUGGAUAUUUUAUGUUUUGAUGUUGGAUAUUUCUUAAGAUUGAUGUUGAAUAUUUCUUAAGAUUGAUGUUGAAUAUUUCUUAAGGUACAUUUGGAUGUAUUAUGUUUGAGUGUUUAUUUACUAAUUAAAAUUUUUAACCACUACUUAUAUAUCUAACAAAAACACAACAAACAACAAUUUUUAAUGAUCACACAAAAUUACUUGCACCAUCGGGCGGGUAGGGAAUAUGGCUCAACCAGCGGUUAGAAGGGUAGAAAAUAUGUCUCGACCUCCGGGAGGGCGGGUAGGAUAUAUGCCCUCACCUCCAGGAAGGCGGGUUCACAACAUGCUUUGUCCACGGCCUGUGCUGGAAGGGUAUAUUCCUGCACCAUCCGUCAGGUGGGUGUGCAACAUGCUCAACCCACGGUGAAGAUGGGUAGGUAAAAUGUUUGGUCCGUGGUGCGGCAGGUUUUCAACCCGCCUAGUCUAUUUUUUCAGCAACAAUAAUUGUGAACACAAUUGAUUAAUUUCAACUAAAUCCACAUAAAUUUGAACACAAAAUCAUUGAUUAAUUCCACCUAAAACCACAUGCAUUUUAACACAAAAUGUCAAUCCUUGAUAAUUGCACCUAAAUCCACACAUGGCAUACAAUUCCUGCUCCUGUUGGUAUAACUCAUCUCAAUGCGGAAUUGUGCUCAUAUUCCAAAAAUGAGUCCAUUGUGGACUAAAAUAUGGCAUUGGUGUCACCCCAUCGACAUUGUCGAGAACUAGUCGAACCCAAUGAGCCCUAGAAAUUCAAUGCGAACCCAAUGUUGAAGUUCUUCUUCACCGGACUAACACCAAUCAACUGAACCAGUGGCUGCUUAUACUUGUUAGUCUUGUACGUCGAGUCUAUCAAAACAACAAAAUACCAUGCCAACAACAUCCGAAUCGACUCAGGAUGGCAUAGGAAGAGUCUAGUAACACGACGUUGAUCAUCAAAUUCACACUCAAUAAGGUAGCCAAGACGUU